AUGAAGGUGGCCUUCCUCGCAGAGCAGAAAGGGCUCAGCUCGGACAUCACCAAAGUGGACUCCUUUGGCACACACUCUUAUCAUCUCGGAGAAACUCCGGACCAGAGAACCGUGGCUACGUGUCAAGCGCACAACGUUCCGAUCGACCACCGUGCCCAGCAGAUUAAAGCGCAGCAUUUCAACGAGUUCGACUACAUUCUUUGUAUGGACAACUACAACCUUCGUUCUCUGGAGCACAAGCGUCCUUCGGGCAGCAAGGCCAAGGUGUGUCUUUUCGGCGACUGGAAGGAGGACCCCAAACUCGAAAAAAUCGUGGACGAUCCGUAUUACGGCGGCCGCGACGGCUUUGAGGAGUGCUAUAGACAGUGUAAACAUUUCAGUGAGGUUUUUCUCAAAAGAGAAUGCUCUUAA